GUUUCCGUUCCGACCCUGGCUAACGCGUUUUGUGCUUUGACUGUAGCCACCGCUGUCCCACACCUCGUAACUGUGGGUUGACAUUUUUCCAUUCAGUGCGAUUUUUGGAGUUAAAGAGCGGAAGGUUAGUCGGUUAGCUGUCGACUAACGCGGUGUCGCUCAUUGUUGACGCUCUGCUUCGUUUCUUUUGGAUCUUUAAGCUAGUUAACGGUAGCGUUAGCAAAGCAGCUGCAGGGAUGGCGGAGGUUCCAGGAACAUCCAGUGAGACCAUAACGGAGACCGUUCAGACGAGCACGCCGCCGCCGCCCCAGCAGGAGGGAAGAAGCUUGACAAUCAAGUUGAGGAAGAGGAAGACUGAGAAGAAGGUAGAGUGGUCCAGUGACACUGUCGACAACGAGCAUUUGGGAAGAAGGUCUUCAAAGUGCUGCUGCAUUUACGAGAAGCCCCGACAGUUUGGAGAAUCUUCCUCCGAGAGCGAGGGAGACGACGACGACGAAGGCUGCGGCAGCGCUCACUGUAUCCUGGGCCACGGCAGGAGAGGCCAUGGACAGACGGGGGGUGGGGGGACUACAGUACCCCCAAACUCUGGGGGGUCGCACUCACACUAACAAAAAGCAGGGCUGAUUGUGUGGUCUGAGGGCUCUUUGGCGCCACGACAAUGACACAUUAAAAACAAACAAACUGCACUCUUGUUUUAGUUUAGUUUCAUCACUGAGGUUCAGGCCUGACAACCGGGCUUCAGCCCGAGUCUGAAAGUCCCAGCUGCUGCCGCACGACGGCAGCCUCUGUGCUGCUGCUCCUCUCGGGGAAAGUCAUGGCCACGUCACGGGCUCGUGGAAAAUACUUUGCCGACCUCAAAGCGUGUUUGCUAUUGUGCCAACUUAAAUAUGAAGCAUAGACUGGCAACACGUUCAAAUUGUGAUUCUAACUGAAAUCAAAUGACAGUUUCAGCGUUUUUCCAAUCAGCUCCACUCGGUGUGCAUGACAUCACUGCUCAGCCUUAUCUGCCGACCUAACACACUAGGAAAAUAAGCUCUGAGCUUUGAACUUUAUUCUUUCCUUUGUUUGGUUUUAUUGAGUUGUGCUGGCAGGUUGGGCUCCUUUAUGGUCAUCAUCUAGGUGAUGCGCAUCAACCCCAUGAUGUGGAGGUUUGAAAGGAUUAUUUAGAAAAGAAAAAUAAAACUUGUAAAAUCGAUUUUCCUUUUUCCAGAAAAGUUAUGUCUGCAGAUUCCACAGUGCACCCAGAAGAGCUUCACAGCUCUAUAACAGUCGCAUUACUUCCUGUUACUUCGUAGAACUUUAAAUCAUUCCAAAAGUAGUCAUUAGUAGCAAUGUGAUUGGUUCUGAAUACAUCAGAGGAGUGCUGACUCUCCCCAGCAGCAUGUGGGACUUUCUGACUGCAAGGCAUCAGUUUGGAAAAGGUGACAGCAGAAAGAGGCCAUUAAAUGCUGUCUGCUCGCAGAGUUAAAUGUAUAUAAUACAGCAUAUUGUUUUUUUAAAAUGUAGUUUUCUAAUUUAUUUGCUGCUCUUAAUUCUGAACUCGUCCAUAUUUGACAUGUACCUGAGCCCAGCGGGUUAAAUACUGGACAUUUAGAUUAGCUUCAUAUUUGUCUUUUCUGAGCUGUUCACCAGAUUUACAGCGAAUGCUGAACAUAUGAGCCAAGGCUCUGAAUAUAGUUUGGUUCACUGAGGUGGGCUUGUGUGAGCUGCUUUUCUAUAUCUUCACUGUAUGGAGAGAAAUUUGCUUCUGUGUACAAUACGAUCCACAAGCGUAAACUAACAUUUACAAAUGUGUACAAUAAUUUGUGUGCAACUUUUCAGGGGCACCACAGACAAAUAUGAAGCGAUCUGACCACAUGAAAACCAUUUUACAAAUGCGUAUACCCAGACCUGAAUAAAUACGAUUAUUUAUGCACAGUUUAUUAAGUUCAGCUUUACAAAUCCAAUAAUUUUACUUUUCAAAAACCUUUGUGUGUACAAAUGUCUACACGUAACAUCUCUCUCACUCAUUUAAAAACAUUACAUAUGUGUGGAAUCGCCUGAUGUGCACAGAUCACCUCGCACGCCAACGUGGGGUUUUGAGACGAAUUUAGCCGUGCCAGCUUGGCACAGAUCCACAAAUAUGAGAUGCACCAAGCUCCCAGUGUAAAACUGCUUCAAGUGUAGACCUGCGUGUCUUUUUCUAAAUAAACAGAACAGCUCAUUCA